CAAUACCUAUGGUGAUUUAUGUAGACUUUGCUGCAUGUGUGCCAUGGUACAUUACAUUUUAGAUUAUAGUUGGUUGCAUAUUGCUGAAUUUGUGCUAGCUGAAUAAGUAACCAACGAGUUUAAACAAGCUAGUUUUAGCUAUAUACAAUGAAAAUGCUUUGGCGUGAUAGUAACUCUACCGAAGCAAGUGAAGACAAGAAUGGUACACAUCAAGUAGAUGCAAUAUCAUUUGACCAACCUUUGUGAAUGUCUCUUAGAGUUUAUGGAGUUUCCAAACUUGAUGUUAGAACAUUGUCCUUUACAGUUUCAACAGACCUAAUUUGUUUUUCUCUGUACCAAAUAAGCCUCUCUACUUGCAUAGGUUUGGUCAUUAAUACGUUUAAAGUAGUUCCCCCAAAAUCAUGGAUUAACGUUGGUAUGUAGGUCCAAAGACAGAGCCGCUUUAGCUUUGCAUCUUAACUAAGGAAUGUUACACCGUGCUUUAGACAACAGUUAGUCAAACAACAAUAGUACGUAGUACCUUCCUAUACAAACAUACUUAAAAUAUUUCUCUAUCCAUCCUUUUUAUUGAAACCGUACCAACUAUUUGAUAUUUAUCCAAUAAUAAAGUUAUAAUACCCUACUAUAAUUCAAUGAAUAAAGUACAUGCACAAUUUGAAAUCGUGCAUCCAUCACUAUUAACCUUAAUUUUAAGAUCUUCAAAUCAUCAAAAAAGACAAACAUGAAGAAAAAAAAAAGUGAAAGGUGACAUUCCACGAUAAAGACAAAUUUUCACUUUAGCCUUUUUGAUGCAGAGUAAUAAACACUAAAGAUACAUUGGCAAAUACUAUGAAACUAAAGUAGCCAAUCAACACCUUAAUAUACUACAUAUUUAAUUCGAAUUUAGUAACUACAAAUAUAUGUGAGAGAACAUUGAUCUCCCCUCCCGACAAGAACAUAUCAGUUACAGUGUAGAGAGAUGUUUCAGAAAACAAACAGUUUCUUCCACAGAACACUACACAGUCUGAAGUCAAUCAUUCUUAGAGCAGGUAAGAAACUCUCUAAACCAAAAACUCACUUCUCAUGCACAUUUUGUAGAUCAAAUUCUCUCGAUGGCGAUGAUUUCUACGCAAGUUUCCUCAACAUCUGGGAGUCUGAUCUUAAAAACAGCAUUGGAGGAGGAGGUCCAUUAAAACUGGAGCAAAAGACUCAAGAGCAUGUACAAGAUCACCAAGAGAAGAAAACAGAAGCUUGCUCUUCUCGUUUAUCAAGAGACUGCGAUAAAAUGGAGAAGAAGAUUAAAGAGAUGUAUGUGAUUGAGACAGGAGAUAUAGAGCAAGCCCUUGACGUUGAAGAGGCACUUCAUUACUAUUCUCGUCUUAGAAGCCCUGUGUAUCUCAACAUCGUUGACAAGUUCUUAAAUGAUCUCUACGCCUGAUCCGAACACUCUCGAGCUAUUAUAGUUUGUGAUUUUCAAAUUCUUGAUUUGUUUUGGUUUACUACAAGUCUUUCUUCUUGUAUGUUUGAGUCAUGCUUGUGUAUCAACACCAUCCUUUGACAGUGAA